AUGGAAGAAAACAACAUUAACAUCACAGUGAAGUUCAUUACAGAAUCGAUACCAAUAACUACAUCGCAUGACUCAACAGUUCAACAGUUGAAGACCAUUCUUCUACCUCUCACUAGUGUCCUCCCUGUUGACCAGAAACUCAUCUUUAAAGGCCGAAUUUUGGAGAACGAGAAGUCUUUGAGAGAAUCUGAGAUCAACAAUGGAGCCAAGAUCAUGCUUGUGGGCACUCAGGUGUCUGCAACAGAAGCAAUCGAAAAGCUUUUCGCGGACGAAACAGCGAGCAGGAUGGAAGAAAGCAACAUUAACAUCACAGUGAAGUUCACUACACAAUCGAUACCAAUAACUAUAUCGCAUGACUCAACAGUUCAACGCUUGAAAACCACUCUUCUACCUCUCAUUAGUAUCUCCCCUCAUGGCCAGAAACUCAUCUUUAAAGGCCGACUUUUGGAGGACGACGAGUCUUUGAGACAAUCUGGGAUCAACAAUGGAGCCACGAUCAUGCUUGUGGGCACUAAGGGUUUUUACCCCGGGGAUGGUCCAAUGACAGGAGGGGCUUCAAGCCGAAUUGCUUCAACGAAGAAGGAAAUCGAAGCUGAAAAGAGCCGUACCGAACGGUGGAAGGCUACCAAUAUUGUAGCAUUGGCCGAAUGCAACUUGAAGGACAUUCCUGAUGAAGUUUGGCCUUGUGCACCUUUUAUAAGAGUCCUUGAUAUCAGCCACAAUCCCAUUCAACAUGUACCUGACCGGAUUGAUUGUCUUACUAGAUUGAGGAAAUUGUAUCUUAAUGGAAAUGGUUUGCCGGAUGAAUCCAUUAGCUGGCAAGGAAUCACAAGUCUAAAGCGUCUACAAGUUCUAUCUUUAAGCUGGAACUGUUUGAACACUCUGCCUUCCACACUGGGUCUUUUGACUUCUCUGCAGCAGCUAAAUGUUGCAAACAACCUCUUAACUGCCCUCCCAAUUGAAAUAGGAAAUCUGACUGAGCUUGAAAUUUUGAAAGUCAACAAUAAUAGGAUUAGUUCCAUUCCUUCAAGUAUAGGCAAUUGUACUUCUCUUGUCGAGGUAGAUCUUUCAUCAAAUCAUCUGUCUGAGUUGCCAGAUGAAUUUUGCAGUUUGCAUAACUUGAAGGCUUUGUAUAUCAGUAACAAUGCUAUGAAAAGCCUCCCAAAUUCGUUUUUCAUGAUGUGCACCCAGCUCUCAAUUUUGGAUCAUCAUCAUACAGAAAUCACUAUGGACACCCUCUGGCAGAGUGACGGAUGGGAAGAUUUUGAGGAGCGCCGUCGUGCAAAGCGUCGGAAGCGAAAUGAUUUCGGAGUUAUUAAUUCUGCUGAAUCUGAUGAAGAUGCUGAUAAAAAUUAAGUGAUCUGUUUUCGGUUAGAGAUGGCAGUUGUACAAGUUACUGAUGAAAAAUCUGGCUUUUACAUUUAGAAUAGUAAAACAUAACAUUUGAUUCAGCCUUAAUGGUACAUGAAUAGUUAUAA